UCUCCAGACGCAGAUUGCCCAACAUUUUUGUGUUUACCCAGGUACUGCAGGUGUAUAAAAGAACAUCUAUUUGAUCUCAGUUUCCGUUAUUUCCAACAAUGAGAGUAUUGUCGGUUUUUCUGGUAUUAGUGGGAGUAGUUUCAGCAUACAAAUUUGUUUUAUUUGUCCCAAAUGUAGCUAACAGUCAGAUUCAAUUCAACGCUAGAGUAGCCGAGGUUCUUGCAAUUGGAGGUCAUGACGUAACUAUGCUAAUGGUGAACCAUAUGGCUGGAUUUGAGUCAAACGUAAAAGUACCGAAAGGUGUUAAAACCUAUCAACUCGACGCUGCUGUUGAAGGAAUCACAAAGCAAUCCAUCGAAAAAGAACAAUCAGCCAUGUUAUACAAGAACAUGGGGCUUAAGGAUAUGCCUCAAAUGAUGGCAAUGUUCAGUCGAAUGGGAAAGCUACUUCAAGAUGGAUGCCGAAUCAUUCUUCGCAACAAGGAAUUCUUGAAAUGGCUGGAAGAUGAGAAAUUUGAUGUCGCAUACACUCAUAUUUACUCUACGUGCCCACUUGGAUUAAUUCAUCACGCCAAAAUUCCGUCUUGGGUCUGGCUUAACAGUGGUCCACUAAUGGAUUAUGUAUCACAGGCAGUUGGAGUUCCGAUUCUUCCCAGCUAUGUACCGCCCGUAUUGAUGGCAUCUCAUGAUGAAAUGGGUUUUGUUCAAAGAACAAAAAGUUUUAUCGGUCAUGUGCUAAUGAGUGUUAUGCACAGAAGAAUCUCAUCCGACGAGGAGACAGCAAUCUUCCGAAAGGAAUUGAAUGAUCCGAGUUUUCCUCAUACCAUGGAUAUUGGAGCCAAAUGCCCACUGGUAAUUGUAAACAGCAAUGAACUCUACGAUCUACCACGUCCCACUUUGGCCAAAGUGAUAAAUAUUGGAGGGCUUGGUGUCGGAUUUGACAGUGCUAAACCAUUGACUGGAGAGUUCAAGAAAAUCUCUGAAACUGGAAAUGGGCUUAUUGUCUUCUCAUUUGGCUCAGUGGCAGCUGCCCAUGAAAUGCCCUUGGCUUGGAAAAACUCGCUUUUGGAAGCUUUUGCAUCUCUACCAGACUACCAGUUUGUCAUGAGAUAUGAAGGAGAUGAUCUGAAGGAUAGAUUGCCGGAAAAUGUGCAUUUGUCGAAGUGGCUUCCACAGAAGGAUCUACUGUUGCACGAGAAGACAAAAGCGUUUAUUACUCAUGGAGGGUACAAUUCUUUGCAGGAAGCAAUAUCCGCCGGAGUCCCCCUUAUCACUAUUGCUCUCAUGGGCGAUCAGCCCAAAAACUCCCAAAUCGCCAAGAAACAUGGAUUUGCUGUGAACAUUGAAAAAGGAACAAUUUCCAAGGAAACGGUCGUUGAAGCUCUUAGAGAAAUUUUGGAGAAUGAUAGCUACAAACAAAAAGUAACCCGGCUCUCCGCGAUGGUUCGAGCUCAACCAAUGAAGCCGGCUGAACGUCUUCUGAAAUGGUCAGAGUUUCUUGCGGAAUUCAAGACACUUGACAACCUGGUGCCAGCUGGACAGAAGCUUAACUUUUAUCAAUAUCAUUCUCUUGAUGUAAUCGGCUUCUUGUUCCUAGUAGUUUUAGUUGUAUUCUACAUUGGCUUCCUUAUUCUGAAAGCAGUUUUCAGAAAAUGUUGCCGUAGAAGAGAGACUAAAACUAAGAACGAUUGAUUGAAGGUCUGAUUUUGAAGAAAAAAAAGCCAUUUCGAUAUUCGGGUUUAUUGAAUAAAUAUAUCAACUUC